GUGAAGACUGUCGGCUACGGAGCGGCGGGGCUGGACGCCCGCUCGCCUUCCGAUCUCAUCAUGUCGCGGGGCUCCAUAGAGAUUCCCCUUCGGGACACCGAUGAGGUUAUUGAACUUGACUUUGAUCAGUUACCGGAGGGGGAUGAAGUUAUCAGUAUUCUCAAACAGGAACACACACAACUGCACAUAUGGAUUGCUUUGGCGCUGGAAUACUACAAGCAAGGAAAAACAGAAGAGUUUGUAAAGUUGUUGGAAGCAGCUCGUAUAGGUGGCAAUUUAGACUCCAGAGACCACGAGAAAGACCAAAUGACUUGCCUGGAUACACUAGCAGCCUACUAUGUACAGCAAGCUCGGAAGGAAAAGAAUAAGGACAGUAAGAAGGAUCUUAUUACCCAGGCAACUCUGUUGUAUACGAUGGCUGAUAAAAUUAUUAUGUACGAUCAGAACAAACAAAACCAUUUGUUGGGAAGAGCUUGUUUCUGCCUUCUCGAAGGUGACAAAAUGGAUCAAGCUGAUGCACAGUUUCGCUUUGUACUCAACCGGUCUCCAGACAACAUUCCAGCCCUCCUUGGUAAAGCUUGCAUUUCAUUCAAUAAGAAGGAUUACAGAGGCGCACUUGCUUACUAUAAGAAAGCAUUGCGUACUAACCCAGGAUGUCCAGCGGAAGUUCGUUUAGGUAUGGGCCAUUGCUUUGUGAAGCUUAACAAACUGGAGAAAGCGCGCCUGGCAUUUAGCAGAGCUCUGGAACUCAAUUCUAAAUGUGUGGGCGCGUUGGUUGGACUGGCUGUUCUGGAACUCAACAAUAAAGAGGUCACAGAACAAUAUCCUGAUGAUGUUGAGGCUUGGAUUGAGCUGGCACAAAUCUUAGAGCAGACUGAUAUACAGGGUGCCCUGUCAGCCUAUGGAACUGCAACACGAAUCCUUCAGGAGAAAGUGCAGGCUGAUGUUCCCCCAGAAAUUCUGAAUAAUGUGGGUGCCCUCCAUUUUCGACUUGGAAACCUAGGGGAAGCAAAGAAAUAUUUUUUGGCAUCAUUGGAUCGUGCAAAAGCAGAAGCUGAACAUGAUGAGCAUUAUCAUAAUGCCAUUGCUGUUACAACGUCGUACAAUUUAGCCAGACUGUAUGAGGCAAUGUGUGAAUUUCAUGAAGCAGAAAAACUAUAUAAAAACAUCCUACGAGAGCAUCCUAAUUAUGUUGACUGCUACUUGCGCCUAGGAGCCAUGGCCAGAGACAAAGGAAACUUUUAUGAGGCUUCAGAUUGGUUUAAGGAAGCUCUUCAGAUUAAUCAGGAUCAUCCAGAUGCUUGGUCUUUGCUUGGUAAUCUUCAUUUGGCUAAACAAGAAUGGGGUCCAGGUCAGAAGAAAUUUGAGCGGAUAUUAAAACAACCAUCCACACAAAGUGACACCUACUCUAUGCUGGCACUUGGCAACGUGUGGCUCCAGACCCUGCAUCAGCCCACCCGAGAUCGAGAAAAAGAAAAGCGCCAUCAAGAUCGUGCUUUGGCACUCUAUAAGCAAGUGCUCAGGAAUGAUGCAAAGAAUCUGUAUGCUGCCAAUGGCAUAGGAGCUGUGUUGGCCCACAAAGGCUAUUUCCGUGAAGCUCGUGAUGUAUUUGCCCAAGUGAGAGAAGCAACAGCCGACAUCAGUGAUGUGUGGUUGAACUUAGCACACAUCUACGUGGAGCAAAAGCAGUAUAUCAGUGCUGUUCAGAUGUAUGAAAACUGUCUCAGGAAAUUCUACAAACACCAGAACACUGAAGUUGUGCUCUAUUUGGCCCGGGCCCUCUUCAAGUGCGGGAAAUUACAAGAAUGCAAACAGACUUUACUGAAGGCUAGACAUGUGGCACCUAGUGAUACAGUUCUCAUGUUUAAUGUGGCCUUGGUGCUGCAAAGAUUAGCUACCUCUGUCCUGAAAGAUGAAAAGAGUAAUCUGAAGGAAGUACUCAAUGCUGUGAAAGAACUGGAGCUUGCACAUAGAUACUUCAGUUAUUUAAGUAAAGUGGGAGAUAAAAUGAGGUUUGAUUUGGCCCUCGCUGCUACAGAAGCCAGGCAAUGCUCUGACUUACUGAGUCAGGCCCAGUACCACGUGGCCCGUGCACGCAAACAAGACGAAGAAGAACGGGAAUUGCGAGCCAAACAAGAGCAAGAAAAAGAGCUGUUGAGGCAGAAACUCCUUAAAGAACAGGAAGAGAAACGUCUGCGAGAAAAGGAAGCGCAGAAAAAACUCUCGGAACAGCGGGCCCAGUAUGUGGAGAAGACAAAAAAUAUUCUUCUGUUUACUGGCAAGACUGAAGCAACAAAAGCGAAAAAAAGAGGUGGUGGCGGCGGCCGGCGUUCUAAAAAGGGAGGAGAAUUUGAAGAAUUUGUCAAUGAUGACACAGAUGAUGAGCUGCCUAUGUCCAAAAAGAAGAAGAGAAGGAAGGGCAGUGGCAGUGAGCACGAAGGUGAAGAGGAAGAAGGUGGUGAGAGGAAAAAGAAGAAGAGGAGAAGACCUACAAAGGGAGAGGAAGGGUCUGAUGAUGGUGAUGAAACAGAAAAUGGCCCGAGACCGAAAAAGCGUCGCCCACCAAAAGCAGAGAAGAAAAAGGCUCCCAAGCCAGAACGUCUGCCUCCUUCAAUGAAGGGAAAAAUAAAAUCCAAAGCCAUAAUAUCAUCAAGUGAUGAUUCUUCAGAUGAAGAUAAACUUAAAAUUGCUGAUGAAGGGCACCCCCGGCACAGCAACAGCAACAGCGACUCGGCCGAGGCGGAGGAGCGGAAGGCGCGCGCCUCCUCGGGGAGUGAGUCCGACGACAAUGCCGACAAGUCGGCCAGCGAGGCGGGCAGCCCGCGCAGGCCCCGCCGCCCGCGCUCCGACGACUCGGACGACUCGGACAGCGACCAGCCGCCGCCCAAGAGAAGGCCCUCGGGCUCCGAGCAGUCGGACAACGAGUCCGUGCAGUCCGGGAGGAGCCACUCGGCUGCGUCUGACAACGACUCGCGGCCCGCCUCGCCCAGCGCCUACUCGGAGCACGACUCGGAUCGCGGCUCCGACAACGAGGGCUCCGGCCACGGCUCCGGCAACGACUCGGAGCCCGAGGGCUCGGCCAACGAGGCCUCCGAGCGCGGCUCCGAGCGGGGCUCCGACAGCGACUAG